UGUUCGCCUGAAGACUUUUUAAACUUUCGAGCUUCGCCUCCCUCCCUUGCGUCAUGGAAAAGGCUGGAGUGUGAGAGGGACCCAGCUGUGGAGCGGGGCAGAGGCAUCCAGGGGUACGUGGGGGGCAGAGCAAACAGGGAAAGGGGGAGCCCCUAGGCUACAACAGGCAACUCCCCAAAACUUACAGCGGGCACCCCAAAACGGCAGGCGCAGGAAGGAAUCAACAAGGAAAACUGAGCGGGACCUGGGAGCGCAGAGCCGGGAGGAGGAGCCCAGAGACUGGGGCUUCUCCUGCAUAAGCGCCCUGCGCAAGAACGGCGGAGGCCGGGAUCAUCUUGUGCGCGCAGAGCUUUGGCUGGAGCUGAUCCCGGCCGGCGGCUCGGCAAGAUGGAGUGAAGGGAGGAGAGCUCUGCCGGAGGUGACCGGUCCUUGCCCCCGGAGAAGGGGGUCUGAAGGGGCACGUGUAGCUAUUUGGGCCUCCAGGUCUCCCUGCAAGCCGCAGCUCCCCAGCAGCCAGGACUGGGGCCAGAGCAGAGAUCUUUUCGCCCAGCACAGCCUGGAGAAGUGUGUCCCCUGGCUUUAUCCCUCUCUCCAAACGGAAGUGCCUCUGUUUUGCUGAAUUCUUCAGGCAGCUUCCUCCCCCUCCCCGCUCCCCUCUUCACCCCCGGACACAAGAAAACGGAAUCGCAUCCCCACCCCACUCCCCUGCAAUCACUGGGAAUUGGGAAACUUCAUUGUUGUUGCACCCCAAAAUCUGCAGGGAGUGCUCCGAAGGAGGGAUCCAGUGGAUCGCUGCUUCCCUUGCCUGACGCUUUGGCUCUUCAUCUUGGAAACACUGCAGCGUUUGGAAGGAACUUCGGUGGGUUUUGUGUGCAGCUCGUUUGAAGAGAAGGGAAUUUGCCACAUUUUUGAUGGUUGGUUUUUGUUCCUCUCCAAAGGGCUGGAUCAUUAUUUGCUCUGACUGUAUCAAUUUCAGGGCGCAGAGAGGAACUGGCCAGGAAAUAAUCCCAACAAAAGAAACCCAUUUGUCAAACAGUUUUCAGACGGAAUCAAUGGAUCUGACUCUAAAAUCUUUCAGCCCUCAUCAGGGACUUGUCUAACUUUGUGUCGGUGGAUUAUAAACCGGUGUUUUACAGAUUAUAAAUCGGUGUCUCUGACUGUUGAAGCAUCUGAGGUGUUGGUUUAGUGGUGGUGCUGUGGGGUGUCAAGUUAUAUAGUCCUCCAGGGAGCAGUCAUGGCGUUGAAAGCCAGAGCACUUUACAACUUCCAGAGUGAAAACAAAGAAGAGAUCAGCAUCCAGGAGAAUGAGGAGCUGGUGAUCUUCAGCGAAAACUCCCUGGACGGGUGGCUGCAGGGCAAGAACAGCCGAGGAGAAACUGGCAUCUUCCCUGCCUCUUACGUCGAGAUCCUCAGGUCCCGGUCGAGCUCCAGUUAUACAGACUAUUCAAACAGUCCAGCCAGCUCCCCUGGGAAUGAGUCCUUCUACAUGCCCCCUUCCAACACCAACACCUCCCAUCAGGGCAGCUUUGAGGAUGAUGAUGAUGAUGACUGGGAUGACUGGGACGAUGGCUGCACAGUGGUGGAAGAGCCACGGGGCAGCCCUGGCACCAAUGGGCACCCCUCCCCUAACCUGCAGUACCCUGCAGCAUACCCCAACCAGAAUGCUGGCUAUCGUCCCAAGCCAGCCUUGGAGAGGCAGGACAGCAUCAGUUCCUCCAAGAGGGGCAGCGUGGUGGGGCGGAACCUCAACCGCUUCUCCUGUUUCGUCCGCUCUGGGGUGGAGGCCUUUAUCCUGGGAGAUGUGCCCAUGAUGUCCAAGAUUGCUGAGACCUACUCCAUCGAGAUGGGUCCCAAGGGCCCCCAGUGGAAGGCCAACCCACACCCUUUCAUCUGCUCUGUGGAGGAGCCCACCAAGCAAACGAAAUUCAAGGGCAUCAAGAGCUACAUCUCCUACAAGCUGACCCCUAGCAGCAUCAAUGCGCCGGUCUAUCGGCGGUACAAGCACUUUGACUGGCUAUACAACCGCCUGCUGAACAAGUUCACAGUGAUCUCGGUUCCACACCUGCCCGAGAAGCAGGCCACUGGGCGCUUCGAGGAGGACUUCAUCGAGAAGCGCAAGCGGAGGCUGAUCUUGUGGAUGGACCACAUGACCAGCCACCCUGUGCUGUCCCAGUAUGAGGGCUUCCAGCACUUCCUCACUUGCCGCGAUGACAAGCAGUGGAAGAUGGGCAAGCGGCGGGCAGAGAAGGAUGAGAUGGUGGGGGCCAGCUUCCUGCUGACCUUCCAGAUCCCCACAGAGCACCAGGACCUGCAGGAUGUGGAAGACCGGGUGGACUCGUUCAAGGCCUUCAGCAAGAAGAUGGACGACAGCGUCUUGCAACUGACCAACAUGGCCUCGGAGCUAGUGCGCAAGCAUGUGGGGGGGUUCCGGAAGGAGUUCCAGAAGCUGGGCAACGCUUUCCAAGCCAUCAGCUACUCCUUCCAGAUGGACCCACCCUACAGUUCGGAUGCGCUCAACAAUGCCAUCUCGCACACAGGCAAGACGUACGAGACCGUUGGGGAGAUGUUUGCCGAGCAGCCCAAGAACGACCUUUUCCUCAUGCUGGAUACUCUCUCCUUGUACCAAGGGCUCCUCUCCAACUUCCCAGACAUCAUUCACCUUCAGAAAGGAGCCUUUGCCAAGGUGAAGGAGAGCCAGCGGAUGAGUGACGAGGGGAAGAUGGAUCAGGAGGAGGCAGAUGGGAUUCGGAAGCGCUGCCGCGUGGUUGGCUUUUCCCUCCAGGCAGAGAUGAACCACUUCCAUGAGCGGCGCAUAGCAGACUUUAAGAAAAUGAUGCAGUCCUACCUGAAACAACAGAUCAUCUUCUACCAGAGAGUCAGCCAGCAGCUGGAAAAGACUUUACGCAUGUAUGACAACCUCUAAUGCCUUCCACACCUGAUGCAUCUGCUUCCCACAGUCCAUCUGGACUUGCGUGGUUCGUUCCUUGGAACCCUGCAGACGUACCUGUUUUAAGUGGACUGAGAACAAAUGGAAACUCAUGACACUAGUGAGCAAAUUCCAUUUGGCUUUUCCCCAUUUUCCUGGAACUAAUUUGCAGAGAUAUGCAGGAAAGUGUUACACUUGUGUCUUCCGGCUGACCAUUCCACUUCUUUUUCUGAUAGAUGGACCCCCCCACUUCCCUUCCAUCUUCCAGAGUUUACAGGCAGGACAUAGGUACUUUUCACAAGCGAAAUGGACACUGACUCUAUGAUGCUCACGUUCUCUGCAAUAAGCUUUAGCUUCUGAAACGUUUCCCUAGAGUAGGGAGGUUAAUACACUACAUCCAAAGUAGAGUUGGUCAAAAGUUUACACACAGAAAGCUUUUUGACGGGGAAAAAAAGGCCUUUAUUCAAAACUGGAACUUUUUUUUUUAAUUGUCAUAAUUUUCCAUUUUUCACAAAAGUUUCUGUGAGAUUUUUUACCAAUAAUUUUUUACUAGGAACCAGUAUGGAAAUUGGGACUGAAAUCUUUAUUGACUGUGUCUGUUUACCAAAAAUGUUCCAUAGUGCUUUCAAUAAAAGGUUGAAUAAACAAAUAUCGGCAAAACUUUUGUGGAAAAUGGGCCCAUUUCAACCCCCCUGAAAUAGAACCAGUUGUGAAAUUUCCUGCACAACUGUUUUUCCAGCUUUUUGACCAGCUCUAGCAAUAAGGUAGUUGGCAUUGGAGUGCUAAUGUUCAGACUGACUCCUGGAAAUUCCACAUGAGCUGUAGCUUGGUUGCCCUCCAGUCAUAUUCAACCCUAGGAGUGUAAUAACCCUGGACUGACCUGCUCUCAGAAUAAGAAAGCAACAUAGCAAAUGCCCCAGGAAAGAUCAUUCUGCCUCCAGAGUGAGGAAGGUUAUGGAGCCAUCUCAGUGUUGUUUCUACAUGGCUCAGUCCCAAGAGAGAACAGGUGAAUGUUGGGGCAGGACUGUGCGCAUGGUACAAAAUAAUGUCCCCUCCCCAAUUCUCUCGCCACAGUCCCCACCCCAGAAUCCACUGGGACUGAGACUCAUCUCACACAGGCUUUACUCUGACAUGCCUUCAAUGGAGUCACCCCUGGUUUACAGCGGGGAGGGCAGAAUCAGGCCCACUAUCUCUAAGUUGCUGCAUUUGAUGUUAUUUGAGUCAGGUUUAAAGCACCAAAAGCAAAGAAUUCUUUAUCGGUCUUGGUAAGAGAGUUUGGGCCAAAUUCUGCCCUUGGUUGCACCAGGAUAAAUUUGGAGUAAUUUAAUUGUAGUCACUGGAUUUACACUGAUGUAACCGAGAGCUGAAUUUAGACCGGUGUCCCCUUAUCUUCUGCUCCCGCACCUCCUCUGAGCCCUUCAUCCCCAGCUGGAGUUGCCUUCCCAGCCAUUCAUGCAAGGAUGAAGCUUCCCGGAGUCAGAUUGGCCAUGACACCAUCCUCCCUGCCUGUUCCUUACCUCUUCCCUGGCACUAUGGUCUGGGACAUACCCUUAGGACAUCAAGAUGGCUCAACAAGUCCCUCUUGGUUGUAUGAAACACAUCCAGUCCCUGGUGACUCAAGAUGCCUUAGCUUUCCUUUCCCCAGAGGAACUUUGCAGCUACUUUCCAGGGAUGCCAGCAGGUGAUGGCCAUUCCCCCCCAGCACUGGGCUGCGACACUCCUGCCAGAAGACGAGUCCUGCUAGCCUCACUCUUGCAACAGGCCUCAUUCCCACUUAAGAGCAGCAACACUAACCCUGUUAGAUGAGUGCUGGAGGCCGAGGUGCUCAAAUGUUUUGGUGCCAAGGGCCAUGCUGGGGACUUGCCGGGAGCCCUAGGCCUGCAUCUCGUCUCAUUUUCCACAUGCUCCCUUUGUAUCGACAAUAAAUGCAAACAACCGUCACGUUUGCCUGCACUGAUAUCUUCCCUGAGAGAGAGAUACGAGUAGCUCAUGGGCUGGAUUUACCAGUGCUUGGCCUGGAGCACCGAGAGCGUGUGCAGACUCUACGAGACCUGAUAGCUCUGAGGCUGCAGUUCCAGGGUGUUCCUGGGUCCCCCUGGGUUCAGUUGAUGCUGGAGAGCUGAGUCUGUACAGCCCUCACUAAAGGCUUCAUUUGCAGAGGUGCUGAGUGUCUGCAGCUCUCACUGAUUUCAACUGGAGCUCAAGCUGCCUAGCUCUUCGGGCAAUCAGGCCUUGAGACCUGUGGAAGGUCUUUUGCUGUGGAAGCCAUUCUCCCAUGUAGCAGAGCACAGGGGUACAAGCACCUCAUCUCCCAGUCAGUGGGGUCCCCUUUAUACAGGACCAAGAGUGUCAAAACCACUCUGUGAAGAAGCUGCUACAGUGAUGCCAGCCUCCACUCUCCCUCCCCACAUUCAUUGUGGUAAUAUGGACCCCACAAAGAGAUGCAGAGCAGAGUUGGCCUGUUCUCGGUCGCCCUCCUGGAAAGCCGCAUCUAUCCAUGGCCAAAGAGGUGGUGCAGUUCGGCUCUGAACAGUGGCGACAUUUGCAGCUGAGGAGCUUCCACUAGCAGCUGUCACAGGUUUUCCCCCUCCCCCACUUCUUACAAUUUUCCCCCUCUGCGUUUCCCUUGUCUUUGAAAUACCCUGGUUGGGGGCGGAGUUAUCCUUUUGCUGGAGGGGCGGAGCAUCGGUGUGGAGCUAACCCUUUGCUGGUGGGGCAGAGCUUGGGGCCAAACAGAAGGAAAGGGGAACUUCAGGCCAGCAAAGAAAUGUCCCAUGGUGGGAGCAGGAGGUAGUUUUUAAUUUUCUUGUCUAAGCAGCAGAAUUCCGGGAAGCAGGGGCUAUGAGUAUAGCUGUAGGUACCUAUUACUUCCAGGGAGAAUCAAUGCGCCAUGCGCCACUCCAGAACAGCAUGUGGCUUAGGAGGAGACAGGAGAGAGCAGUUACCAUGAUGCUGCACUGGGAGGCAGACAGGCCUGGCACAAGGCCCUUGUUUUUAAAGGGAAAUGUCAAGAAUAAAUUACAGCAACGAAAGAAAGUUGGGCCUGCUUGGAGUUAUUCCCGGGUUAAAAAUAGCACUGGGGUCAUGUGGUCCAGCAGCGUAUUGUUAAAACAAUAACAUCCCUGGGAAUUCAGAGGGGCUGCAUCUGGUCCCCAUUUGGAUUGAGUUCUGCCAGUUCAUGUUUUUGCAUCCUCUUGACAGUUAGGAUUGAUCCGAAAUUUUCAAUAAAAAUGAACGUCUUGGUGAGUGCUGUA